AUGGUUUUUGAUGAUAAAGAGCGAAUUAUUGUUUUAAUGAUGAAGGGUCACGCCAAUACACAAAGAACUUAUAGUGAACUAGCUUACUUGUUCAACGAUACGUUUCCAAACCAUUCUUCUAUCUAUAAGGCGACAGUACAAAAAAUUAUAAGGAUUCUAGCAGCGGCCUUCUGUGCCGUAGCUUCGGCAGCCAAAAAUAAUCAGCAAUACACUACACCUGUACCAAUUCUCAAACAGAUCGACAAGCAUAACGAAGAUGGCAGCUACAGCUACGGUUACGAAGCUGCUGAUGGAACAUUCAAAAUCGAAACGAAGUAUCCUAAUGGCGAAGUUUACGGCAAAUAUGGAUAUAUCGACGAUACUGGAGCAUUACGAGAAGUGGAAUACGGUGCCAGUAGAAGAGGUUUCGAACCCGCUGGAAAUGAAAUACAGGUCGCACCUCCUACACUAAAUUCCAGUCCUAACUCUGCCCGACCUCUGGCUCCGAAUGAAGAAGACGAUGGACAGUACAGGGAAGAUCCUGCAGCAUAUUACCAAGACGAUCCUUAUGUUCAACGACAACAAGCUCAACCUCAACAAAGGCCAGCUCCGAGAUAUAGACCCGAACCAGCUUACAGACAAGAACCUGAACCUUUCGAACCAUUUGAACCCCAAAUAGUAAGACCAUCUUACAGACCGCAAGCAAAUUACAGACCACAAACAUCUUACAAACCACAACCGGCUUACAGACCGCAACCAGCCUACAGGCCGCCUCAAAGCUAUUACAGAACGGAUCCAGAACCUGAACCUUUACCUGCUCCAAGAUAUCAGCCACAACCUGCUUAUAGACCUCAGUCAAACUUUGGUUUCCAAAACGAUAACAACAACUACAACCCUGCUCCAAGUUGGAACAGCAAUCCAAGUUGGAACAACAACCCAAGUUGGAACGCUCCCCAACCAAACGGUCCUUCCUGGGCGGGACAUCCAGCGCAGAACGUGGAUAUUAACUCUGGGUCCUACACAGUUCAGUAUAAAAGAUAA